AUGACAACUUUGGUUUUUGGAGUUGGAUUUGGGAUAUUUCUUAUACUGAUUCUUUGGCUAUCGGCGGGAUUGAUUUGCUUGAUAUCAUUACGAACCCAGAAAAAAGUUGGGUUCAUAGCACUAGGUGUUGUAGGAAUAAUCACAAUUGCAUUAAUCAGUAUCCCAAGAAGUUCCGAAAACUCAGGCAUCAAUACCAACAAGCCCUAUGAUCAACUGUUUAUUUGGCGGACGCUACUAACAGUUUUGUUGGCUGGUUCAGCUUUUAUUGUAUUGUUGGCAUACAUCAAAUUUGAAUUGAUGACACCGGUCAAAGCUGUCAGACUUAGGAGUUGGAUUUUGUAA